GGGUGAUGUAGUGAAGUAUAUUCCUGAGUAUAGUGGGGGAGGUACAGUGUCCGGGACCUUGUGAUCAAAACAAUCGUGUCCUCCCACCUGUCACCAUGCUGGUUCUGGUACUAGGCGAUCUACAUAUUCCUCACCGCACGAGUUCUCUGCCUGCAAAAUUUAAGAAGUUGCUAGUUCCAGGUCGCAUUCAGCACAUUCUUUGCACUGGAAAUCUCUGCACAAAGGAGAGUUAUGACUAUCUCAAAACUCUGGCAGCAGACGUACAUGUUGUUCGAGGAGACUUUGACGAGACCAGUUAUCCAGAACAGAAAGUGGUGACAGUAGGACAAUUUCGCAUUGGUAUGUGCCAUGGCCAUCAAGUAGUUCCCUGGGGAGAUCCUGCAGCCCUUUCCCUCAUUGCCAGACAGCUGGAUGCUGACAUCCUCAUCUCAGGUCACACACACAAAUUUGAAGCAUUCGAAGCGGAAUCUCGGUUCUUUAUCAAUCCUGGCUCAGCUACAGGAUCUUACAGUGCUCUGGAUGGAGAGAUCACACCAUCAUUCGUGCUAAUGGAUAUUCAGAGCUCCACAGUCGUCACCUACGUUUAUCAGCUGGUUGGGGAUGAAGUCAAAGUGGAAAGAAUAGAGUACAAAAAAGCCAAUUAGGCAUUUUUUUUUAUUGAAGCAUGUGAUAAGCAGCAUGUUAAAUCAAACAGCAUCACCACACAAACAUUAUGAAACAACUAUAAGUCUGUGCUGCUGUUUUAAGUAUUUAUGUUAAAUCUUCAGUGUGGCGGGUCUCUCAUGCAGGGUUCAAGAGGCAUGGGUAGAUUACACCAUAUACUUUGAUCUGUAUAUUAUUCAUUACAUAACAUUUAAUUAAAUGGAAAUUUACUUUGUCAUUUAUUACUCAAUUCCCAGUGAAGUGGGAUUGAUCACUCAAUGAUAUAGCUAUUGCUGAUAAAAGGAAUUAUUUUUUUAAAUUUCUCAAGGUAUUAAUUUUUUAUGCAGUGGUGGGUAGUGUAAAAUGCCAGGAUAUAAUAUGAAGUUUAUUUGCAUGCAUAGCUAUUUAGAGAAGGAGCAUAUAUUAUAUGUUGACUAGAAAACCAUCUUAGGUACAUCUGCCUUAAAUAUUUUUUAAUACCUACUGAAGCUCAUGUUUAAGAUUACAGCAAAGCCUCAAUUAGUACAAAUAAUGAAUCCUGCUAAUCUCAUUUAUUGAAUUCAUACUAUUUUAAGUUGUUAUAACAAAGUAUGGUAAUUGGUCCCACUCCAAUGAAAAUAGAGUAUUUAAUGAAAUUUUUAAUAUAUUACCAGUAGAUAAUGAAAAUGUAUUUCUUAUUAGUUUAUUAUAAACAAAAAUAUUUUAGUAGGCUAGGCAGAAAUGUUUUCUCCAAGUCUUCAUACAUGUGCUUGUAUUUGUUGAAAACUUUAUCUGUAUCUUGGCAGACUUGCAUGCUUUGAGGGUCAGCAUCCCUAACCUCUCGUUUUAAAACUUCCAGACCUUGAAAUAUUUUCUUGCAAUCUUUGAUGGUGAAUGCCUUCAUUUGCACAUUGUCUAAUUCUUCAGAUGCACACUAUUGAUCUAUAUUAAGGUCUCCAUCAGUCAUUUCUUGCAGCAUGAUUCAGGCAAGUCAUGGACAUUUGUAGAGUUCAGUUCAUCAAAACUGAGCUGCCUCCAUUGUCUUUUUCUUCAACAACAGCUGUCACUAUCUGCACUGGCAGACUCGCCAGUAAUUUUAACAUUAUGCAGUUUUUUAUUUUUAAAAUGGUCAAACAAACCAUUACCUGCAAUAAAAGUUUCUUCAGUUUCUGCAUGAACUCUUUUCUUUAACCCUUUCAGGGUUUCGGCCGUACAAGUACGGCUUACGCAUCAGGGUUUUUGACGUACUAGUACACUUAAAUUCUAGCGCCCUUAAAUCUAGUGAGAGAAAGCUGGUAGGCCUACAUAUGAAAGAAUGGGUCUAUGUGGUCAGUGUGCGUGGUAUAAAAAAAAAAAUCCUGCAGCACAAAAAAACUUUGACCGUGUUUUUGGAUUAAACCAGCGACUUUGCACUGUAUUUUCGUAUGGUAUUUAUUGUUGUAUUCUAGUUUUCCUGGUCUCAUUUUAUAGAAUGGAAGACAUAUUACAGAAGUUGAGAUGAUUUUGACUGGUUUUACAAAGAAAACUACCUUGAAAUUGCGCUCAAAGUAGCAGAAAUGUUCGAUUUUUACCAAAGUUCAAAAGUAAAAUUGUGCUAUGCGUUCAAUACACGUCAACUGGCGAGUCUAAUAUUCUUUCACAAGUGCGCUGAUAUUUAUACCAUUUCUACACCAAUGCAGUAGUCUGCAUAACAGUAAAUCUUAUUUUUUUGUGAGAAUAAAAAUUCAAAGUGGAAAGCAAAAGAAUGUAAGAGGGGCAUGGGGACAUGACUAAUGAACAGAGGAAAUGCUAUUUUAGUGCCAGGAAUGUCUUUCUUGUUUAUUCUGGACCCUAUUCAGAAAUUGGCAUCUUUUGAAAUUUGUGUGAAAUUGGCUAAAUUCCGACCACUGUACUGGCUAGUUGAAAUUGGUAAAUGGGUGGUUUCUUGUACUCAUUCGAUAGAAAAAAUGAGUUCUAACGAAAUAGUUAUGAUUUUUGUCAAUAAGUACACUGGAAUUGGCCGAAAAUAGGGCUCAAAGUGGGCAAAAUCACCGAUGCAUAAAUAUCGUCAAGACCGCUAACUUUGCGAGAGCAUAAUUCCUUAAGUUUUCCAUCAAAUUUCAUACUUUUGGUGUCAUUAUGAUUGGGAAAAGAUUAUCUGUCUUCAUAAUUUUUUUUUUUUUUUUUUUUUUUUUGAAAUUUGGCCGACCCUGACAACAAAUCUCUGAGAGGGCCUGUCGACCCUGAAAGGGUUAAUUACCAUAAAGAGACUAAGCUUUUGUUUGAAUUGCUUUUUGCUAAGAGUAAUACAUUUUUGGUUGCAGUCUUGUACUCUCACAGAUAAUCACUCCAUUUCUUUCAUUGUAAUGUUUGUUUCUAGUAGUAGUUAGCAAGCCCCAAAAAGCUAAUACAACUGUACCCUUAUCUUUUAUUUCAUCUGUGUGUUUUAUAGCAUUACGUUCCAUAGAUUCAUGCAUUCCAACAUCUCUGCCUAUUUUAGAGGUGCUAUCACCCUGUGCAUGUCACUAUUACAUCAAUUUUUUUGCCCUUAUAAGCCUUCCCCCCCCCCCCCCCCUUUUUUUUUUUUUUGCCCUUGCAUUAUUUAGACUAAUUAUUCUUGUAUUUGUCCAUAUUAGCUAAGGGCAGUUUUAAAAAAAAAUAAAAUACAGUACGUGUAUAGGAUAAUCUAUGGUACAUCUCUACGUGACACUGGGCAAGUGGGGUGAUCCGUACACUCGUACUGUACUAACCAAAUUUUGACUUAUUAAAUAAGGUCUGGUAUUUUAUAAUUUGUUCCAAAUUGAAUUGCGUACUAUUCAAAUUUGUACUAAUCAAGGCUUUAGUGUACACUUUCUUUAAUAUUAUAUGUAUCUGAAAGCAGUUUAAAAUUAUAGUCCAAGAAAAAUUUUUCACGAUAGUUGGCUUAUAAGAAUACAGACAAAAACCAGAGAAUAAAAAAUAGUGGUGGAAGAAAAGCAAAAUGUACUGUACUAGAGUUAAGGCUGAUGUGUGGUCUAGUGGCCAGUUUUAGGAUUGAUUUGCCACGAGUUUGAAUACUCUUCAUUUCCUGCUGUGUUAGAGGACAUUUUCACUUACUGCACCCACUGAGUUAAUUUUUCAAGGGGUUUCUGUAUCCACAGUAAUUUAAACUUAUCCCCACUGCAGUACUAAGAGCGAUUUAGCAUUUUUUGGUCACUCAGUCUAAAGAAAAACUUAGCAAUAGUUGCAUAAUUUUUUUUUUUUUUUUUUGGCUUAUAGUAGUUUCCUCAAGGGGACCAUUUUGAUUGGGUACUGUCCUUCAUUGCAUUAUUUAACUUAAAACUAUGUAUAUAGGGUAUAAUUUUUUAUAAAUUUUCCUUAGUUAUCAUUUACUGAUGACUGUUUUCUAUACCUUUUUAUAUAAUUGACUUUUUGGUUGUUUACCUGUUUAUUCUUCCUUCAUUUUCCCUUAAUCAUCCUGAAAAGUGUUUUGACAAUUUUUACUGCUAUGUACAAAUUGAUAUCAUUAAAAUGGAGUCUGUAUUAAACUAAUUAUAAUAUUCUAAACUUUCUCAUCUUUGAAGAGGAAUAUGAUUGAGAUAUAUAUAUAUAUAGCAUAUUUGCUUAAGGAAGAUCUAUCUACAGUAUAAACAUUACAGUACUUGGAAAAUCUGUAGGGGAUCAUAAUUCCCUUUUGUUAACCACAUACUUCUCCCUCUUAUAAGGAAGAGCAGAUUAUGAUGAUGUAUGCAGUAUAGAUAUACAAAUUAUAUCUGGUGUUGGCUGAUACAACAUGUAGGCCAAUAAAAUAUACAAAGAUUUUUUUUUCAUAAAAAA